AGCAGAACUCUAGAACUGAAUCCAUCAUUGAAGAUAACCCAUCCAUUGAAGGGUCCCUUUAAAGACAAGGAGGAUAUGAAUGAGAGGAACAACAAGAAAGUAAGGCUUAGCAGGAGCAGUGAGUAGGGGGCAGCUUGAGUUGGCCGAAUCCUCCUGACAGCCACACUUUAUCAGAUUUACUUGUCGGAUCUCACUAAUCCAGCCAUCCAUUUUCUUCUCCUGGGGUCACAGGCAGUGUUUGAAGUUAGUCAGUCACAAUUCCACUGCAGGGCACACUGGCAUACAUGUCCACUCUCAGUCACACCAGACAGUGAUUAGUACAGCAGACAUGUAUAUGUAGUAUGAGAAGAAGAUGGAGAAACAGAUAGGAGGUGAAUGGGCAAAGGCCACUCAGUGGACAGAGAAGAAACAGAACUGAGAGGUGAGGCAGAAGCAUUAACUAGUGAGAUAGAUCUCUCUUUUAUAAUAUAUAAAUUUAAAAAUGACUGAACUGUUUGUAUUAUUGCAGAUUUUCAGAACAGCUACAGCUUCUCUAUGUCUUCAUUUGCUCAGACAUCUUUUCAGUGCAGACUGCAACAGAAACGGGAUGUAAUGAAGAAAUCACCAAGAGGAUCAGAGAAUUUGACUGCAGUGUCUUUCCAGUGCAGUUCUCUUCUUAAUGCCAAACAUGAACAAACAGAAGUCAUCAACACUGAUGAACAUGCGCAUAAUAGAGAUGAAGACGCCUUGCAUACAAGCCGAGAGUGUGGAAAAACUUCUAACGACAAAUCUGACUGUAAAGAUAAGUCAAUUCAUGCAAGUCAGAAGCCAUACGCCUGUUCCCGAAUGUGGCAAACUAUUUCCACACAGAAAAAGUCUACUCAGGCAUAAAAGAAUUCACAGUGGGAAAACGUCUCACUGCUGUCCAGAGUGCGGCAAGCAAUUCUCAGAUAACAGUGCACUUCAGCGUCACACACGUGUUCAUACUGGAGAGAAGCCAUACAGCUGUGACAAAUGUGGUAAAGGAUUUUCUUAUAAGUGCAAUCUUCAAAAUCAUAAAAAUAUUCACACUGGAGACAAACCUUAUUGCUGUUCAGAGUGUGGUAAAGGAUUCUCAUUUUUAGGUCAUUUUAAUGUCCACUUGAGAAUUCACAGCGGACAGAAGCCUUAUUGUUGUAGUGAAUGUGGCAAACGAUUCAUACAUAAAAGUGGCCUGCAGAGGCACAUUAGAAUUCACACUGCAGAAAAACCUUACUAUUGUUCAGAGUGUGGCAAACAGUUCUCAGAUGGUCGCACACUUCAGAAGCACUCACGGGUUCACACUGGAGAAAUGCCGUAUUGCUGUUCUGAGUGUGGUAAACAAUUUUCUGAUAGCUGCGCUCUUCAGAGCUACACAAGAUUUCACACUAGAGAAAAACAAACAUAUUGCUGUUCAGAAUGUGGCAGACAAUGUCAUAGUCCUAGUAGUCUCCAAAGACACAUGCGAGUUCAUACUGGAGAAAAGACCUGUUCUUGUUCGGAAUGUGGCAAACAAUUCUUUGACCGUAGCGGCCUUCAGCAGCAUACAAGAAUUCAUACCGGAGAGAAGCCAUAUUGCUGUCCUGAAUGUGGCAAACGAUUCUCUUACAGUAGCUCUCUUCGUCAGCACACACAAAUUCAUACUGGAGAGAAGCCGUACUGUUGUCCUGAAUGUGGUAAACAAUUUACACAAAGAAGAAGCCUUAACUACCACUCAAACAUGCACACUAGAGAGAAACGAAUCCAAGCUAAGCUAGCUGGCCAAAAAAAAAACACCAAUACUUUGCCGGGGUGCUGAAGUAAGCGAGUCUCAUCAUAAGAAACUUCCAGUAUUUUUAGUCACCCUACCAAUAACCACUACUGUGUACGUACUGCAACAAAAGACAUCAUUAGGAACUGAUCAGAUGCCACAGGAAGGACUUGCUUCAAAUUUACAGGAAUGACAGUUAUGGUAGUACAGCAGAGCUGUCCUGACGAGAUUGUGACAGUUCACGCACAGAACCCAUUGGGAGAAGUUCACUCUGAGAUAUUCUGAAAGAGGGUAAGCGAUUUUCACAUAAAGGUACAUUUUAGCAGCACAUAAUAAUUCAUACUGGGCAGAAACUGGGUUCAAGACAGCUCCAUGGUUUUCCUCCAUAUUUCAGAAAUUACUUAAU